GCACGAAUGCUCCUCUGUCAUUUCGAUGGAGCUUGCAAUCGCACUUGCUGCGCAAGACAAGAAAGUCGAGGAACUCAUCAGGUCCAACAUUGUGGGCCCUCUUAGUCACCUGGAGUCCUUGCCCGGCAACGAGCUCACAAAUUUGCAUUCAUCUUUGGUGGCAACAGUGCAAACUGUGGAAGAGCUGGAGGCAAGGCAGCAAGAGCUUGCUGCGGCAGGAGCGCAUCGAUUGUCUCCUCACCGGUCUUCCCCAUCACGGACAGAAGCGCUUGACAACCAAGGCGAAGAAGGCCUUGGAGUUGAUGACUUGGGAGAGGACGCUCAUCUUUGCCAUGGAUAUCUUGAUUGCAUGUGAUUGCCCAGUGCGAGCAAAGGAUCCUGAGCAAAGCGGGCCAGGUGAAGCACCGGGCUCUGUUGCCACAAUCUCAGCUUGGCGAUUCACAGCUCACGGUGAAAUUGAGAUUCGACGCUCUUUUAAGGCUGCCGCAUCUCCCGAUGACAUGAAGCGAGGAGCUGUGUUGGGAGAGGCUUGUGCAAACGAUGCUCACAUCUCCGCUUAUACGCUGAUGCCUCGUGACCAGAACAAGUUGAACGACGUAGACACACUGGCAGCAAUACUUGAAGAUCGUAUGCGGGAGCUGGACACAGAGUUUCGAUCAAGCAAGCAGCAUGUGCAAUCACAGCUGGACAUUCUGAUGGCAGCUCACGAGUCCCAGCAUGCAGAGGACCUGAAGCACAACAAGACCUGGAAUCUGGCCAACCAGGUGCGGACCACCUCGUCCGGAGCUGCUGCAGACAUGUGCUUGCAUCGCAUGCCACGUGAGCUCUGCGAGCGCACAGAUGUGGCAUGUGACAUGGAUCUCUGCAUGGCCCGCCGGCCGCUAUGCCACCUGCUGCGACGAGUCCAGGACAAGCAAUGGAACGUCAAAAUGUGGAAGAUCUUCUUGUGCAGCCAGGCGGCAUGGGUGCAUGCAGGGACCACAGUGGAAAUCGACAUAAAGCCGAUUACUGACGAAGUGUUCGACGAGAAUGACAACCUGUUUGUGUUUCAUCUUGACAAGGCGGAGGAUCUGAAGACUCGCCGAGAAGACAUUCAGAGAAUAGUUCAAUCAUUGAUAAAAGAAGCCUCUCUCAAGCUGAAGUACUAUCAAAAUGUUCGAAAGGAAGGUGAUCCACCUCUUCCACAAGCAGGUAAGCAGGAUGCCAAAGAAGCAGGAGGGAAGCCACCACUGCGGGUAGUCAUGUACAAAGGACAACGAAAGUCGCUAUUAAGUAUUGGCGAUGAGAUCCCAAAGCAGGAGGUGCUGGACUUUUUCAAGCCAGUGUCCCAGGAUCUCAGCAAGUUGAAGGCGCCAAAAUCGGUUCCACUUGUGUCCAACGAGACUUUCAAAAAGGAUGUUCUUGACGACAGCCAGCCAGGCAGGCCUAUGGUGUUGUUGCAAAUGUUCGAGGACACCUGCUUCCUCUGCUUUCUGAUGAGACCCUUCAUCAACUCACUGGGUGAGCUCCUCGUUGAGAACAAGGCACCUUUCCGCCUCAAGAGGCUAAACAUUGAAAGGAACGACUUCCCAGAUGGAUGUCCAGUUGCAAGAGGAACCCCGACCUUCGCCUUGUUUCGCGGAUCGAACGCUGCUGGAGAGAAGUGGGAGGAGUUCAAGCCUAAAGACCUUUGCGAAAAGAUUAUGAAGGUCUUUCCCAAGCUCUCGGAUGAGGCUUUCCAGAAGAUGGACGAGUUGCAAGCGAUGGUCCCGAAACGAUUUCAGCUGUUCACGCAGCUGGUGAUGUGGUCUGUGGAGCUGCAGAAGCUCGAGUCUUGCAUUGCCAGCGCAGUGGGAGAGUCGCCAGUGGAUGCAGGGUCUUCAGAGGACACUGAGUUCAAUGCAGUGCUGAGCAGACUCAUGGCGAAGGACAUGAGGCGUGUGGACGGCCUGGUUGACAGCAUAAGCUUUCUGCAGCACCAAGUGGAUGAGGUGGAGCAUGAUGCGCUUGUGAUGAGCGUCAUGCUGGGCGAGCGAGUUUUGGCACGCGAGAAACAGGAGGAGGCACAUUUCGCAACAAGAAGCAAGUGA